CCAUACGCCCGUACACGUAGAUUGUGUCACAAAUACUUAAAAUCACAGUGUAACUUCAUAUUUUUGGAAUCUGACUCUUUAAAUUUCUGUGCAGCUCUAACAGUUAACAAUGUUUCCCAACUAUUGCUUUAAGAAACGUGCCGAUGAUUUUGGCUAUGAGGUAUUGUAUAUGCCCAAAAACAACUAUGGCCCAAAUACAAUUCAAUCGAACCGGCCAAUGAACCAUUCUCAUGGCAGAUCUCGAACGCGAGCUCAGCAAUGCCCGAAAAUGUGCUACGAAGAUCUUAUAACGCUGCAGGCUCUUCGAGAGCAAAAUGAACGGUCUAAUCUGAAAGCUCAGGGAAAUGCACCGGUUCGAAGUGUGGAGUUCCGCUUGCCUCCAUUGGACAAGCAGCGACAGUUUUCAAUGCGUCAGCCCGGAGGAUCGGCAUCGUCGGAGCGAGAGUUGUACCGGAAACAGCAGCAACAACAUCAGCAACAUCAACAACAGCAACAUCAACAACAUCAACAACAGCAACAACAACAGCAAACGGAAUCAGCUUCACCCACUGAUAUGCCAUCGAGUGGCUCCGAAUCUGUUCGCGACCUACAAGACUCCUGCGCAGAUUUCUUUAACAUUAUCUACGAAAAUGUCUUGGAGGCAGUGAAUGGAGCUGUCGAACAAACGGUGGAGAAGCACUUUCAGGACAUCCUCUUGAAGGUGAAUCAGCUAACUUCGGAGAUGACAGUUCAAAAAAAUAUGCUUAAGCAAAUCAAUAGCGAACUGAUGGCUAAAAUCUCCGAACUUAAUGAGACGAACCUCAAUCAAUUCAAAUUCAUUGCACAGAUGCUUAUUGACAGUCAGACGAUUCACUAUCGAUCCCUCAAUCAGCAGCGUCAGCUGAAGCAGCAAAACUCAAAUGAGCAGGAUCAUCCAAAAAGAAGUGCCAGCUCGGAGCGACCUACGGGUGGUUGCAGUCGUUGUCAGAACGCUAAUGUCAACGCCAAACCACAACAACAGGCUCAACGACCACAGCAUCAGCUGUGGCAACAACAAGAUGCAAACCUUUUAACAUAUCUGCAACCAUCCUGUAAAAAUUGUAAUACCCAAAAGUCGUCUCUGAAACCAGACCGUACGAUCUUACGCCGAACGCCCAAGGGAAUCUCUACCGCCAGCAUGCCCAAUCUGCAUCAAGCUUCAUUCUCAUCAUCCACUCCCAUCAAUAGCAACAAUAAGAAUAAAGCCCAACGCCCGCAGCGCUCACCCACGCCAAGUAAUUGGAGUCAAUUCGGUACUAGGCGUGUUGUGAAUCAAACAACGCCUCCAACAUCAUCCAACUUUAAGAAGUGCAGAUGCCAAUGUCAUUCACCCGCCCCAUCACAGAAUAUCAACUACCUGCUGAGCAAUAACUGCUCUUUGGGUCGGAAGCUGCGAACUCUGAGCAAAACGUUGCCCAAUAUGGAAGAUGACAGAGCGCACACAUAAUCUCUUACCAAAUUCUGAAGUACACUUGGACGCCAAUCAUCUGUUGCUUCCAAUUGUGCUCCAUUAAAAUGAAAGUGGAGCACAAAUGGAAGCCAUAGCUGAUUGGAGUUCUGUAGAUAAUAAAAUUUUACAAAAUUGUAAGUCUUUU